AAAAAAAAGAGAAAAACAGUACGAACUCUCUCUUACACAUUUUCCAGUUUUCACGUGAUUUUUUCCCCCUCCCGGCUCCGGCGAGAAGCUUUGCUCUGAACAAUUCCGUUCUGUUGAGUUAGGCGAAAAAAAAAUGGAAGAAGCUCUGGACAUGUCUCUGGAUGACCUCAUCAAGCGAAACCGCAAGCCUCGAGUAGAUCAAAAUGCCAACCCAAACGCCUACGCCAGGAAUACCAGGGGGCGUGGCGGUUGUUUCCGAGCUGCCGUUGCUUCUUCUGAUCGUUUCACCGGUUGGCAGCCGGAAAGACCUCCGGUCAGACCGACGCCUUACCCUCUCCCUCCACUCCCACUGAGGUUGCGCCUGCGAGAAGCGCCGGCGAGUUAUGGGGAUGGAAGUGUCCAUAAUGCUGAGACUAAAUUGUUCGUUUCGAACUUGGAUUCUGGGGUUACUGACCGGGACAUCAGGAUUCUAUUUUCGGAUGUUGGAGAGCUCAAGCGAUGUGCAAUUCAUUGUGACAGUACUGGAAGAUCUAGGGGGACGGCAGAGGUGAUAUAUGCACAGCAUGCAGAUGCUUUAACAGCCAUCAGGAGAUAUCAUAAUGUGAAUCUUGAUGGGAAGCCUGUCAAAAUUGAGCUUAUAAGAGACACAUCUGCUUCUUCUCAAGGAGUUGAUCACUGCUAUGUUGGACCAACCUUUUCAAGCAAUGUCCGAGAUAGGCUAGGACCAGGCCGUGGUCACGCAAGUGGAGUCAACAGAGAACGUCGUGCAAUGGUUACAGCUGAAGCUCUGGACUCUGAUCUAGAGAAGUAUAAUCAAUUUGGCUGAGUGAUUAGCUUUGAAUUCUGUCAUUUGUGGUUCGAGUUCAGAAGUCGGGUCACUGGCCAUACUAGUUUAUAGAUUUAUAAGAACGCCUUAUCUAUAUGGAGUAGUUUUCCAGUCUCUGAAGUUAGUUUUCUACUACAAGAUUGUUGGUCGAAAAGUCAAUGUUGUUAACUUGGAUCUGGCCAUUUUGACUGAGAUAAACUCGUUGCUGAAUGUUAAGAG